AUGUUGACAGUAUUACUAGUGUUUUCUAUUCUACUUUUCCAUACAUUCCAUUCGGGUGACUGCUCCAGCUUGUUAUGCGGUCGCACGAAGGAGGUGGAGGUCGGAGGCGGGGUGAGCGCGGGAGCGGCUCUAGCGCUGUCUCUCGUCCGACCUCCUUCCUCAGCUGGUUCCAGUACUCCAUGUCAGCUCCGAUUGACGGCGCCAGAAGCGGCUGCAUUUACUGUUAGACUCAUUGACGUUAAGGAAUCUGUGGUAGAUUGGGAGCGUGGCUUGACGGAUUUAAGGGUGACGCCGACGCCAGCAAGUGGGCCAAGCCGGAAAUGGAGCGGCCGGACACCCGAGCACGCGCAGGACACUGUUACAGACGGCGCCGCACCUGUAACGAACGCCACUGACGCCUGCAAAAUGCUCAUUUACAUCGGCGACGCCAAAAAUCCAAUAUGGCGACUGUCGCUCUGUGGCGGUAACGCAGCGCAGGUCGCGGCUAAAGCGGGCACCAAACUAUUGCCGCCGAAGAUCAGGAUCGUUUGGAAUCCACCCACCACGCCCUACCAGCACACGGAGAAACUGCGUCUUGUGGUCACUGCUGUUAACAGUGGCGCAAUAUGCAACAACGAAUCUCAAUUCAUCUGCGGCGUAACCAGCCUCUGCAUUUCAUCGUACUUGGUCUGCGACGGGGUCCGCCACUGUCCUGGAGGCGAAGACGAGGACUCGAGCGCGUGUUCCCAUAGACGCGACCCGCCGUUCCUCGAACUACUACGCAGAUUCGCCGCGAGAAACCAGGAACUGCUGGGUCUGGAUCAGCCCGAUGGCAUGACGAAGCCUUCGGUUAUAAGUGAUUUGAAAUUUUCAGUGAAGAUCAGCGAGGGUGAGCAAAAGAAGAACGCUUUCAUGGAGUUCGCUGCGGCGCUGAAACCGUACGGGCCGUGGAGCUACCUGGUGGUGGGCAUGCUCGUCUGCGCCACUAUACUCAUGUUCUGUCUGGCCUGGGAAUGCUGCUGCAAACGUUCCAAGCCUUCAGACACACCAGUUAACAUUCCGGCAUCUUGCAUCGACCUGUCACCAACUGUCACAGUGACAGCAGCCUCUCAGCAGAUGUUCACGGCUUCACUUCCUCCCACUCCUCCUGAAUAUGAGCCCCCUCCCUCUUAUUCCUCUCUCUUCCCGCGUGCCUUCAAAUCCUCACCAACUCCAGUGCCACACUGCUCUCACCAAGAGCCACCAGAUUGA